CAAAGAAGAUGGGGAUGUUGCUUCCUAGGACUCUGAAUUUGGUUUGGCUGCUUUGCAGUAUCAUCACAGUUUGUGAGUGCACCGUGGGAGAAAAUGCAGCUUCUCAAUGCUACUGUUACCGAAAAACCUGUGUGGAAAAAAAGCCCAACUUCCCCAAGACUGUGUGCAUCUAUCCAGAGGCAGGGUUUUCAUGCUGUGAAGAGCAAGCUUUUAACCCUGCAACGGCCACUUGUUGUAAAGUAGGACAUGGAUCAAACGUAACUGCUAAUGUUACAGAGGGUCUGAGUGAGAAGGUUUCAUCUUGUUGCGGACUGAGGGCAUAUGACUCACUCAAUGAAAUAUGCUGUGGUACAACAAUCAUCGCCAAACCUGCACCAAACAGCCAGUGCUGUGGUCAAGAGGCUAUUGAUGCUGACAAGCACUUAUGUUGUGGAAAGAAUGGCAGCGAGAAGAUCCUGAGGAGAAAUUCCCCUGAUCACGUAUGCUGUGGACCGGAUAAACAGUACAACACUAAGACUGAAUGCUGCAUUUACAAUGCUUCUUUUGAGAUACAUUCUCUUAAUUCUGGCAAUUGUGAGCUCCGCUGCGGUCAGGAUAACAAAAGGAUAAUCCUGAAGAGAAAAUCCAGUGAUCAUGUAUGCUGUGGACCGGAUAAACAGUACAACACUAAGACUGAACGCUGUUGCUUCACUGAUCGAGGUUUUGAGAUACAGUCUAUUCAACACAACUGCUGCAAAAAUGAGUCAGAGGGUCUGAGUGAGAAUGUUUCACCUUGUUGCGGACUGAGGGCAUAUGACUCACUCAAAGAAAUAUGCUGUGGUACAACAAUCAUCGCCAAACCUGCACCAAACAGCCAGUGCUGUGGUCAAAAGGCUAUUGAUGCUGACAAGCACUUAUGUUGUGGGAAGACUGGCAGCGAGAAGAUCCUGAGGAGAAAUUCCCCUGAUCACGUAUGCUGUGGACCGGAUAAACAGUACAACACUAAGACUGAAUGCUGCCAUUACAAUGCUUCUUUUGAGAUACAUUCUCUUAAUUCUGGCAAUUGUGAGCUCCGCUGCGGUCAGGAUAACAAAAGGAUGAUCCUGAAGAGAAAAUCCAGUGAUCAUGUAUGCUGUGGACCGGAUAAACAGUACAACACUAAGACUGAACGCUGUUGCUUCACUGAUCGAGGUUUUGAGAUACAGUCUAUUCAACACAACUGCUGCAAAAAUGAGUCAGGUCAUUAUGAUGCCGCUCCUACUGUGCAUAACGCACACACACAUGAUGGCUGUUUAUUUCAACGGACGCCUCAGACAGAACAAUUUAAUGGCUUACAUAGAAAAAACUGCUGUGGCACUGAAGUCAAUCAUACGGAGAUCUGCUGCGAUGGACACAGGAGAUCUGGACACAGACAUUGCAAACACAUGUACUGUUGUGGAAACCGGGCUUAUAACAUUAAAAACCAACAGAUGAAGUGCUGCUCUGGGACACUGUACAACCUGACACUGUUUAACGUGUCUAAACAUGAGGUGCAGUGCUGUGGAUCUGCUCUGCAAAACAAACAGGAUGUUUGCUGCUUGGGUGAGGACAUGGAGGUGCUAUACUCUGCCAAGGAAGGAUUCAGAUGUUGCGCUCACCACUACUACAACACCUCUCUGUGGUCAUGCUGUGCAGGGCGUUUGAGUCCAAGACGUCAUCAGAACAGGAUGAUUACAGAAUCCACCCUUCUGACCAUGGACAAUCUAACUGAAACACAGCUUUGUAAAGAAAUACUCAUUGGGAUUGUGGCAAGCGUAUCUCAGCAUCAACGCAGCAUCGCGUUCAACAAUGUGUUGAAAAUCCAUGGAAGAAAUGGCACACUGACUCCUCUGGCCUCGCCUCAUAUCCUGAACACACCAACUCGCUGCAACUUCCCGAAAGUGACCCUGGGGAAGACCUACUUUUUUGAUCGGGUUAAUAUGUAUACCGAUUUCAACCAUGACUCUAUUCUCCAGUCAAUCCAUUUCAUUUUUACCACAUGUUCUUAUCAUGAGGUCACUGCUGGUUAAUCUGUUGACCAUUUGACUUGGGAAAUGUAAUUACUCUCUCAUUUCUCAUUACUUUCAUUGAAGUCCGUGUAAAGGCAAUUCCAAGUUUGCUUUCAAAACACAAUAAAUAUGUAGAAAAAUAGUUGCUGUAAACAUGUGAAAAGAGUUUGAAC